UGUUUUUUGUGUGUUCUUCGAUGUUGCGAGGUUUUUCUUCUCCGCAGUGAUCUCCCCCUCGCUUCUUCUUCCAAGAUCUUCGACGAGGCGGCGUAAUUUCGCGGGCGCGAUCCUGUUGCGUGCGCGAUCUGUUCACGCCCCAAUUCGCCCAGAUUCGGGCAGAGGUUUAUGGUUUACCGGGGGUUCUGCCAAUGAUACAGUAUCGAGGCGCGGCAAUUGGAGCAAGAUCUGCGCUGCCGGCAGCCGAUUGAUCCCAGCUUCCCCUGGAAUGUGAGUAUUUUCCUGGAAUGGAUCCACAGAAUCGAGGCAGUGGGAGCGCUAGGUUAUUGGGAUACACGAGUAGGCUCGCCAGGCCGCGGUCAAUGCGUGCGCGACGAGUGCGCUGUCUCAAGGAGAAGAGCGGUACGAUCCAGCAAGUGAAGCAGGGUACGGAGUUCUUUGAACUUCUGGCAGCGGUUGCUGGGCAGUUCCUUCAAGAUGGAGGCGAACCGGAGCGCGGUGGUGAUGGAUCCAAGCCGGCCUCCAAGCAUGGUGGUUCGUUUCGCAAGAGACGGUACUCUUCUUUCUCACACAAAGGAUCAAAGAGGACAAAGGCAGCGGACGAUCUGGGGAGCGCGUCGCAGGCAUCUCCAAGUAUGAUGAGCCUCGACUUUGAAGCCAAGCCUGGUACCUCCACCCCGACGUUGAGUGGAGCGUCUUCACCUCGGAAAACAGUCAAACUGAGCAUCAAGUCAUUCACGGUUCCGGAGCUGCUCAUUGAUAUGCCCGAGUCCGCUACGGUGGCUAGCCUCAAGAAAGCGGUUUUGGACGCAACUACUAAUCUCUUGGGUGGCGGCCUGAAGAUCCGUGUGUUCUUGCACGGGAAGAGAGUCCCAGAUGAAGAGGCCACGUUAGCCCAAGUUGGUCUUUCCCAGAAUGGCAAGGCUGGAUCGCUGGGCUUUAUGCUAGAGCCGGCGUCUUCCUCGAGCUGUGAGGGGCCGCUUUUGGCGCUAUCUCAGCAGGGAUCAUGGUACACAGCCGACGGUAGCUGGGUGGUGGAAGAUCAGGAGAAAACGGAAGAUAACGCCGAGCAGAAGCCGGACAUUGACGCGAAAUGGACUGGUACUCAUCUGGUUUUACAGGGCUAUAAGAACAAGUUCCAGAGUGUGACUGAUGAAAGAACAUAUAAAGCACGGUUCGGGGAAACCACAUCACCACAGCCGGACAUCAAGCAGUGCGAGGCUACCAGUCCAUCGCUGAUGCGAGCUUUGCCUCUUUCAGAAGCCGAAGGCCCUGGAGGACUAGUGCAGCGCGCGGCGGACAACUCGCAGGGCUUGGCGCUGGUGUCGCUGCAAAAGCAAAUGUCGCUGGAAGGCACGAAGAGAAGGAUACGGAGGCCGUUUACGAUCGCCGAGGUGGAAGCGCUCGUCUUCGCCGUGGAGAAACUCGGCCUUGGAAGGUGGCGCGACGUGAAGUUAUGGGCAUUUGAUCAAGCAAAGCAUCGCACUUAUGUCGACUUGAAGGACAAGUGGAAAACUCUCGUGCACACUGCUCGGAUCGCUCCCCACCAACGCAGGGGCGAGCCAGUGCCGGAAGAACUCCUGGAGCGAGUGAUCAAAGCACAGGAUUACUGGACUGCGAGGCAGGCCAAGCAACAAGCCGAAUCAACCGCGGCAACUUAACUUCCACUACCUCGUGAGGUACUGCUGGGCUGUGUACAUAGAUAUAUAGAUGAUCCAACACCACCAGGCUAGCAGCUCUUGGAAGUAAUACUAGCGUUACCUUAACAUCGUCAUCGCCAUCAUCGUCAACACCACCACACAGAUCAAAACUCUUCACUCUCUCGACUCCAACUCUACUCUCAAGCUAAACACCAACGAAAGAAGAAAAAGAAAAAAAACAGGAAGAAGAAGACCAUUCUUUUAUUUUUAUUCUUGUUGUAUCACCUCUUUAACUCCCCAAUUGUUCUGUACAUCUAUUUGUAUAGCAGCAAUAAACAUCUAUACAAAAACAAAACAAUAGAAACAUCAACAUUGUG